ACCGGAAGGCGGUCUCGGCCUGGGGGUGCGGGGGUCCCCGCGCGGGUCGGUCCCGGGGGAUGUGGAGGGCUGGCAGCAUGUCGGCGGAGCUGGGAGUCGGGUUCGCACUGCGGGCAGUGAACGAGCGCGUGCAGCAGGCGGUGGCGCGGCGGCCGCGGGAUCUUCCAGCCGUCCAGCCCCGGCUAGUAGCAGUCAGCAAAACCAAACCUGUGGAAAUGGUGAUUGAAGCCUACUGUCAUGGCCAGCGCACUUUUGGGGAGAACUAUGUUCAAGAACUGCUAGAAAAAGCAUCAAAUCCUAAAAUUCUGUCUUCGUGUCCUGAGAUCAAAUGGCACUUCAUUGGCCACCUACAGAAACAAAAUGUCAACAAAUUGAUGGCCGUCCCCAAUCUCUUCAUGCUGGAAACAGUGGAUUCUGUGAAGUUGGCAGACAAAGUGAACAGUUCGUGGCAGAAAAAAGGUUCUCCCGAAAGGUUAAAGGUUAUGGUCCAGGUUAACACCAGUGGAGAGCAGAGUAAACAUGGCCUUCUGCCUUCAGAGACAGUAUCCAUGGUGGAACAUAUAAAUGCCAAGUGCCCCAGCCUGGAAUUUGUGGGGCUGAUGACCAUAGGAAGCUUUGGACAUGAUCUCAGUCAAGGACCAAAUCCGGACUUCCAGGUGUUACUCUCCCUCCGAGAGGAGCUGUGUAAAAAGCUGAGUGUCCCUCCUGAGCAGGUGGAGCUGAGCAUGGGCAUGUCCAUGGACUUCCAGCAUGCAAUUGAAGUAGGAUCUACGAAUGUCAGAGUAGGAAGCACCAUUUUUGGAGAGCGAGAUUACUCCAAGAAACCUCCCUUAGACAAGUCCCCUGCAGACCUGAAGACCCCAGUGGAAGUGGCGCAGGCACACUGAGCCCAACACAAACAGCUGUGGCUCCCAUCCCGUGGGCCCGUCCAGGAAGACUAACUAUGCACUCACCUGGAAUUCCAUUUUGAUGUUCCCUGUGUUACAGCACAGCAACACUCUCCUUGUAACCUGGAGAGAGCAUGCUGAUGACUGUGUGUAUUGACAGGAACCAUCUGUACUUAGGAUCUGGCAUAACAAGCUCACUGCAGAUAGUAGUUUUGGAUUGGAUUUGAGAAAUCCUGACAUUUCCACAGAACAGAUACCAAAUCAGUAGCCAGGCAUCGAGUUCAGUUUUGAAUCCUGCCCAGGAACACCAACCAACCCAUGAAUGCUUUUCCCAGAUUAAAAUGUGGCCACUGAUGCCUGUAAUCACCAAAGUGAGAGGGAUUCGCAUUUGUCAUCCCCCUUAAUAGAAAAUUUUCUCCUACAAACCCCUCCUGAGUAAUUGUCUUUGUUGCUGUGGAGCGAAGUGAUUGCUGGCCCCAGUUCCACCACCCCCCACCCCUCCCCACCAGCAAAUAUUGUCUCUACUCUGGAAUGACAGUACAGGUACCCCUCCAAACCCAAAUCAUUGCGGGUAAGAGUUUAUGGCAUUGGCCACCUUGUGGUGUUGAUCCUGAAAAUCACAGGGGUAACAUAAAUGGGCUUGGGCCUUUCUCACAUCCUCCUGAAGAGACAGGGCUCUGAGCUUUUUCUCAGUGACAGGAAGUCAAGGCUGUGAUUUCACCAUAAUCUUUUUAAUGGUGAUUUCUCAUCAAAGACCAGUGAAUCUCCUAGCUCCCCAGAAAUUGCUUCAAGGCUAGUUCAGGUUUGCAGUUUCGACAAGGCCUGGCUUUGAGGUUCCCGUCCCUGCGACCAUUCCCCAGGCACAUCUAUAACCUCCCCUCCCCUGCUACAUUGAUAAGCCAAAAUUUUGUAACUUCUUGAUUGUUAAUAAAGUAGCAAGAUAUUCGAAAACCAGAAAGCACAAUCCUCAGAUUCAUAACAGAUGACUUCAGUCUGUUGUUUAGUUCCUAGAUGUCUUUUUCCUUAUUUAUUUAAGCCCCAGUCUUUAAUUUCAUGAAACAACUUUCAGAACCUGCUGCUGCUGAAUGUAAUUUUGUAAAACUUAAAACCAUUAUGAUAACUGUUUCAGUCAGAACUCUAACAUGAUGUUCCAGAGUAUAUUAAAUAAAAAUGUGAAUUUGAAUUAUA